AUGGUCAUUGCUUUGCAUCAUUGGACAGGAAGAGAAAGGCCCGGGGAAGCAAGGGAUGAGCACUUCCUUUCCCUUUUUCUCCCCCAGUUUACUACGAUCAGUGGUGGGAUUGGUGGUGCUCUGUUUAUCAACCAUGUGCCCAUAUUGCCACGACAAAUGAUUGCCGGUCUCUGGCAUUUCCCACGGCACCAGAACAGCCAGCUCGGGCCAACGUUCUGGCUGCUGGCACGGAAGGUAUACGAAGGUAGUAUGCGAAUCUGCAACAUCACAGCUAUCUGUCCUACCCUGCCAAAAAAGGCCGCGGUGAUAAUCCUGCAUGCCACCAACGCAAUGCCACAUGGUUUUGAAAGAAUGGGAUCCAAACUCCUGCCCGCCAGUUUGAGCGAAAAAAAGGUUCCAGAACCUCGAUACCAAGGGAAGGUCAUCCGAAGAGUGCGCGCGUUCUUACUUUUUCCGCUGCAGCGUAUCAGGAGAAUACCCAAGUUACUCAAAUCGGUGCUGGCAAACUCAACUGCUAAUUCCACCGAUUGUAUCCCUGGGUGCGUACCUUGUCAGCGUCACACUUUGCCUUCAUCAUUUCCUGAAGGCGAGCUUUCGUUAAAGAUGAUCGCGGGCGGCUAG